UAUCAUCAACUUUUCCAAAUUGCUCUGUCUGGUGCUUCACAUGCCUCACAGGCUCAGAGUAGGGCACGUCAUGUUUUCGCUUUUGAGUAAACAGUGGGCAAACAAAAGAUUUUACGAUUCCUCAUGUAUAGUCUUCUCUCGGCUUACACUUUCUUUCGUCUCUCAGUUUAUACUUUCGCUCUUGGUUUUUCUUGCUGUUGCCAGGUUUCUAGCCGACCAUUUUUGGGUAUAAAAGGAACUUGAACUUGCAUAACUGAUGGAUUCCAAAAAAGGGAUAAUUGUCUACAUGGAGAAAAAAGGAAGGCUGCAAUGCAACUCAAACGUCGCGAUACAUACAACCAAAUAUCUCCUACUAGAAGGGAUGCAUUACUGUUAUCACGGCGUAUGAGAAAACAAGACACUGCAAGGCAUAACCUUGCUGAAAAUGCAAUUGUUGCUAUCUCAGAGCAGGCAUCAUCAUCUUUAUACAAAGCUGGAUUCCCAAAACAAACUGCGCUUACCAUACGAGAACCUCAUGCCCUUCUUGAAAAAGUUGCUAGCUAUCAACUUUGUGCGACUACAUCCCGCGAUAAUGUGGAAAAAGGAAAAGAUAUAUGCAAUCCUCUUGUCAUUCCCGAAAUGGGAUGCACAUCGCGUACAUCUGACCACUGUGUUUCGACCUCAAGCACAGUUCCAACUAAAGGUCAUACCCACGCCAAAAAAAUCUGUCUUGCGACUAGGGAGCAACGAGAUGCGUAUGUUUCUCUGAAAAAAGUUGCAAACUGCCAAUAUUGUGCUGCAAAAAGGUUCGAAUAUGAACCUCCAACAUUUUGUUGUGGCAGUGGUUCAAUAAGGCUAACCGCACAUAAAAUGCCAAUUGAAUUAUCAAAGCUAUACUUUGAAAACACGGAAGAAUCCGAACAUUUUCGAACUUACAUUAGAAUGUACAAUAAUAUGUUUGCAUUUACUUCAUUUGGUGUAAAGUACGAUAAAGAAUUGGCAAAAAGAAACUGUGGUAUUUACACAUUUAGAGUCUAGGGACAGAUAUAUCAUUUCAUAGAUGAUUUGGUUCCUUGUAACGAAAAACCAAAGAAUUUACAAUUAUACUUUUAUGAUCGUGAUAACAAAUUAGCCAA